UUGAAGUCUUGAAAACAUUGUCAUUUCUUCUUUCCGCUUCAGCGAUGUUGCUGGUUCUGAUAUUUGUGUGCACUUUUCUGAUAUUCAUUUAUUUAAACGGCAAAUACAAUGAAAAUUACUGGACGAGACGUGGAGUCACCUUUCACAAGAAAAAUAAGGUCAUGGGAGUCUUUUGGGACUUUCUGACAACGCCUCGAUCGUUUUUCGAAAAUCUUUGUGACAUUUACAAAGAAUAUCCAAAUGAGCCUGCCGUGGGUGUUGGAUCUUUUUUUACACCUUGUUUGUACGUGCCUGAUCCUGUCAACAUCCAGCACGUAUUGGCAUCAGAUUUCGCGUCGUUCAAUCACCGAGGAGUUGAUCCAAACGAAGGCGACGUACUAGCGGGAACUAUCUUGUUUUUGAGCGGAAAGAAAUGGAAAUUAAUUAGACAGAGUAUGACGCCACUAUUUACAUCGACUAAACUAAAAAGUAUGUAUUACAUAAUCGAUAAGAGUGCGCAAGAUUUCGUAGUGCAUUUGAAGGAUAAUCCAAAGUUGCUAAAAGGUGACGCGUUUUCGACGCUUUCAACGUUUUGCUGUGCAGCCGUCGGUGCAGCAGUUUUUGGCGUGACAACACACUCUAUUUUUGACUCACCCUUUCUAACAGUCGCUCGUAAAGCUUUUAAACCUACACUUGUACGUAAUAUUAAGUUCGCCAUUGCAAACUUAUCUCCAUCAAUAUUCAAAUAUCUGAAUAUAAACUUUUUCAAAGAAUUCGAGGAUUUUUUCAUCAACGCAAUCAAACAAGUGGUUAGACAUAGAGAAAAUGAGGACGUGAAAAGGCACGAUUUCGCAGAUAUUUGCGUUUCCUUACAACGGAGUGGAAAACUAGUAGAUCCCGAGACUGGAUACGAGUUGGAGCCAACGGACGAGGUGCUCGCAGCGCAGGCGUUUUUCUUUUUCGUGGCAGGCGUUGAACCUACCGCCGCUGCUAUUUUCGCCACAUUAGUUGAACUAGGAAAACAUCCGGAAAUACAACAGAAAGUGCACGAAGAAAUCGACCGCGCUUUUGAGGAAAAUGAUAGUAAAAUGUCUUACGAUACUGUAGCCAAUAUGAAAUAUUUGGACAUGGUAGUUUGCGAGGCAAUGCGAUUGCAUACACCUAUAGGUUUUCUGACACGGAAAUGUAUUAGGGACACUGUACUACCGAAUGGAAAUAUUAAAAUAGAAAAGGGAACAAAGAUUUUGACUGCACUAUAUGAGCUGCAUCACGACUCGAAGUACUAUCCAGAUCCAGAAGUUUUUAAACCAGAAAGGUUUUCACGGGAAAACAAGAACUCUGCUAUGGAUUUGACUUAUAUGCCCUUUGGUAAAGGGAACAGGAAUUGUGUGGGGAUGAGAUACGCCCAAUUACAGGUCAAGGCUGGCUUACUGUAUCUGUUGCGACAUUUCACUGUCAAGACUAUAGUAAAUAACAAUCUGCCUAAAUAUAGAAAGGAUCAAGUACAAGUAAGAUUAAAUAAUGUUGAUGUAGAGUUCAGUCCUAGAAAUUAAAAUUAUUUUUAUGCAAUUUUUACUACAAAUUAAAAUAUGGAAAUAUGUCAACUCUACGUUUUAACUUUUUACUGUUUGCGUUAUUCCAUAACAAAAUUUGUUUAGAAUAAUAAAUGUUUAAUA